UAUUUUCCAUUGAUUUGAAAAUUAGGAGGUGGGCCUUAGAAUUUGGGCUCCUUAAUAGCUUUAAUGAAAAGUCUCCAUUUCUGGAAAACCCAAGAUUUUUCCUUCUCCAUAUUUUACCUUCGCAUCGACCGGCGCCAUUAUUAUAGAGAUCUCAAAGUCGAUCUCGGAGGUCGGAAUCCAUGGCCGAUCACCACCACCACCACCACCAGAGGCCUCACCGUCUCUCAAUUCCGUCGCGUGCGGGUGAUUUCUCCACUGCCGGCGCCGCCUCCUCUUCUCGACCAUCUUUCCCUCUCUUUCCUUAUUCGUCUUCAACCCCAACUCCCACUCCUUCAAAGACCCGCCUUUAUCCCAAAUCCUCCAAUAAAAGCUCAAUCUCAUUCCUGUUUUUGCUUCUAUUUUCUCUCCGUUCACUCUAUUCUCUCCUCCCAUUCCUCCGUUCUUCUCCUUCUUUCUCUCUCUUCCCCUUUUCUUUCUUGGUUUCUCUCUUGUCCUUUCUUCUUACUCUCUUUUUCUCUCUUUUUACCAAUUCUUCUUCUUCCUCCAACUUCCAAUUCCAUAAUUCGAAGCAGAACCGAGGCGUUUUCUUCUUGUCUUCGAUGUCGCAGCAGCAGCUUAAGACUAUGGUUGUUAAGUCAGUUCUACUUGCCAUUGUUUUUCUUCUUCGAUUUCAAGCGUUGUUGUACUGUGGAACAGCUGCAAUGAUUCUUGCUGAAAUGACUGGGAAUGUGGCUGCUCGAUUCUUGGUUGAGGGGCGGAAUCAGAUGACUAUGGGUGAUCGGACUCGAAGUCGGUCCUCUGAGGUUCGCGGGUUCUUGUCUUUGUUUUUUGGCUUGUUUCUGUUGUCUAUUAGUUGGGACCGAAUUGAUUGCUUCCCUUUCGCUACUUCUUUCAUUGAUAAAUACGGAUUUUCUGUGCUUCCAAGAGAGAAUUGUAUGAGAAUUUGGCCAAUGUUGCUUCCUUUUCUUUCUGGGUUUUUGGGUUGUUAUGAGCGGAUUUCAAUGAAUUGGGGGAGUGUUAAGCAAUUGGGUCAGAAACGAGUUAGAUUAGUUUCACUGUUCUUCACGACUAUUAUCCUUUUUGUUCCUGCUGUAAUCAGUAUGCUCUUGUUUGAAGCGGAGGGGAAGAGUGUUUCCUUGGGAAGUCUUGCAUGGCCUCUCGCAAACACUGUAGUUUUUGGGGUGCUUUUGAAUGAAAAUUAUAGUGAUGACAAACUAGUCAGUUCGAAAGAUUUUAGGAGUGAAUUUCUGGUCACUUUUGUUUGUACUGUUAUUCUAGAGUUGCUUUAUUUUCCUGAGCUCUCUCUAUGGGGAUUGUUAUUCUGUGGAUUACUACUCUAUGUGGCUGUAAGAGAGUUAGACCCUGUUUUCCUGAACUACCAUGAGCUUGGGGUUGAGUCAUCGGAUUCAAUUGUCACAAUGGUUAUGAGACCUGUUCGUCACAUUCUGACCGAGCGGAAGUCUCGAAAGAUUGCACUUUUCCUCUUGAUAAACACUGGUUAUAUGGUUGUUGAAUUUGUUGCUGGUUUUAUGAGCAACAGUCUUGGGCUGAUAUCAGAUGCAUGCCAUAUGUUGUUUGAUUGUGCUGCUUUGGCGAUUGGGUUGUAUGCUUCUUAUAUUUCUCGUUUGCCUGCGAACAAUCAAUUCAACUACGGGCGGGGGAGAUUUGAGAUUCUUUCAGGAUAUGCUAAUGCUGUAUUCCUCGUUUUGGUCGGGGCACUCAUUGUAUUGGAGUCGCUUGAGCGAAUUUUGGACCCACAGGAGAUAUCUACUAGCAGUUUGUUAACAGUUUCUAUUGGAGGGCUGGUUGUUAAUGUGGUUGGUUUGAUCUUCUUUCACGAAGAGCAUCAUCAUGCCCAUGGUGGAUCGGGAUCAUGCUCACAUUCGCAUUCCCAUUCACAUUCUCAGAGGAAUUCCCACUCGUGCGCAGGCUCUCAUCAUCAUGACAAACACGAGCAUGAUAGCUGUAGGAAGCAUGAGAAUGCUAUCUCUGUUACCAAGGAAUGUCAUGAAAGUUCAGUUUCUGUUCAUACUGGCCAUCAUGAACACAGGCAGGUCGAUGUUUGCAGUGAGAAUCACCUUAGUUACCACUGUGACGAUCAUCAUCAUCUUGAACACACUGACCAUCAUGACCACAAGCAUGAUCAUAGCCACGUUCAUCACCACAAGCACUCUCACGAUCACGAUCAUGACCAUCAUCAUGACUGCAAGCAUGAGCACCAUGACCAUGUUCAUCGACAUGACCAACACGGUCAUCUUUCUCAACCCAAAUCUGAUGUGCCCAAAAUGGUUUCUCAUAGUGUUUCAGAAAGUUCACAUAGCCACCCUUCAAAACAGCCUGUUGAGGGGACAGUACGAAAGAAGCACCAUCAUCACCACAUUGACCACAACAUGGAAGGGAUAUUUUUACACGUCUUGGCUGACACCAUGGGAAGUGUUGGCGUUGUUAUAUCGACCCUUUUGAUCAAAUACAAGGGAUGGCUUGUAGCCGAUCCAGCCUGUUCCAUAUUUAUUUCUAUAAUGAUCAUUUCUUCAGUUAUUCCAUUACUUAGAAACUCUGCAGAAAUCUUACUUCAAAGAGUUCCUAGAGCACAUGAGCAGGAUUUGAAAGAGGCUGUGAGUGAUAUUAUGGAAAUACAUGGAGUCCAAGGCAUACAGAACCUGCACGUCUGGAGUUUCACCAACACUGACGUCGUGGGAACUCUCCGUCUUCAUGUUUCAACGGAAACUGACAAGCCUUCUAUAAAGGCAAAGGUUGAACACAUUUUACAUGAUGCUGGAAUCAAAGACUUGACAUUGCAGCUGGAGCAUAAUCGGGAACUAUCUUGAUGAGCUUCUUCUUAACAAUGAUUUCGUCCACUUGUGCAAUUAUUGGAUGAUCAGAUUGAUGCGGUAUUUCAUAAUCCCCAAUGCAAGCUGAUAGGCUCCUUUAAACCAAUGUGUCGGGAAUUAAGUAGAUUAUAUCCAUAUUCAUUCCUCUUCUAGCUCUGCAAAUGCAAUGUGAAGAGUCUGAAUUGGUUCUUGUCAAAGGAUAAGGAAUUAUAGUUCAUGUUAGGCUGAAAUCAAGUUACAUCUUUUAGAUCUUUCCGUUGUUGCAUCACAGAGAGUGAUGGUUCUCUGUUGAAUCCUUGUUAUACAUAUUCUUAUAGUGACUCAAAUAGUAGAUUAGUGUCGAUGUAAUUGAUCAUUUUUUGCAGGAUGUAAAGAAUGAAUUCGAAAUAGUAAUCAUUAUCUUUCAGGUUUA